GUUUGUUUGUAAACAUUCUUCAGUCGUUGAGAUUUUGAUUUAAUUGUAGGAUAUUUAAAAGAUAAUUACUGUAUGAUGGAUUGCUCCAUCUCACAGCGACCUCAAACUGUAGGAUUUAAACCACAAUCCUACAACUACUCUGAUUUUAUUAUGCAGUUGCUUCAAGAAAUUGGAGAUGAAGCAAAUUCACCCAAGUUGAAAUCAAAACCUCCUCAGAAGAAUUACUUAAAGGAAAACUUGAAGCGUGUGAAAGAAAUUCAAGCUCAGAUGAAGCAAAGAAAUACCCAGCAACAGCCUUUACAACCUCUCAAAGUUCCCAACAAAUACAGCCAAGUUCAAUCUAAAGUAUCAGCAUUAGUUAAUACACAAGUUUAUCCUUCUAGGGAGAGGAUGUUUAUGAAGCCAACUGACAUAAAUCCUCCCCCCAAAACAGCUGGAAGUUAUAGGAAUCAUCCACCUCGCUCACCAUGUUUGAGUUCAAAAUCUGAUACUCACCGUUCUCUUCAAACUUAUAAAUCACUUCCUCAGUUGAAUCAUGCAAAAGAUGAUGAGACAACACAAUAUUCUCAUAAUGAAGAAUUAAGUCCUAGAAGUGAUGAUUUGUCUGAAAAAUCGUACCACACCUAUUGUAAGAAUAGCCAGGAUGAUUUAAAAUCUGAAAAGAAGCUUCGCCUAGGCCAUAUACCUAAUUACCUAACUGAAAGGAAAAAGCAGUGGGAAAUUGAGAGGGAAAGACAAAUUAAACUUUUGGAAGAAGCUAGCAUACCACCUGGUCAUACUUUGUUGCCUGAUGAAGAACGCUUAGAAACUCUAGAGCUUCUAAAGAAAAACCAAGAAGAAUUACUCCAGAAUUUAUCAGCUUUGCCAGUCAGAAAUGAUACCAUAAGACUGAGAAGCUAUAAGGAAGACCUUGAACGACAACUUGCAAAAGUUGAAGAAGGAAUAAAAAUAUUUUCACGCCCUAAAGUUCUAAUAAAAAAUGAUACAUAACACCAAGCACCUUUAUAACAAUAUUGAUUGUUAUUUGCCUUCAUAUUUGUACAUGAAUUGUCUUACACGACGUCUAAAGCCUGAUAUGUGCUUUAGUUAUUUAUUAGAAUGUUUCCCUUUGAAAAUGACUUUUAUAUUAGUGUGCACACAGGAAGUAUUGGGUUGCACCACACGUUACAUAUUCUAGUCUUGUUAGAGUAUUGAAAAUGUUUUCAAAUUAUACUUGCAUUAAAUAAAAAGUACUUCUGAAUAUUGGUAGUUAAUGUAUUAAAAUAAUUUAAAAACACUUUUUAGUGUUGGGGAUUUGUUAAAGAUAAAAUACUAUUCUGUAAACCGUUUUUAGUUUCUUCUCACAAAUAUUUGGUUGCAAAUGCAUUAUCUCUUAAAAAUGUAAUAAAAUAAUUUAAGUCCAUGUAGAAAAUGAGAUAACUGUUAUGACUUGCUCUAAAAAUUGAAUAUGAGUGCUAACUGAUUUUAUUUCUUUCUUUUUGUAGUUUUCAAAAUUCCUAGUUUGCAUUACAAGUAUUCAUUUUUUCAGAAUUUGUAAAAGGAAUUUGCAUGUUAUUUGGUAUUGCAAAAAAAAAUUUUGGAUUUUGGUAAUCAAUAUGAAAACAAUUGUUAAAUAUUUUUAAUGCUGUAUAUUUGUUGAAGAUAAAGUGCUUUACUGAUUCUUGUGAUCUUUUCUAGUUAGUUUGUUAGAAGAUUUCCUUGCAAAUAAAUUCUAUCCAUAAAAUUUUAAAAAAUACUUCAAUCACCACCACAGGAAAUGAAAACUGUUAUAACACACUCUACAAACUGAAUGUCACCGUUAAUUCUCUUUUUUCUUGUGCUGUAGUGUUCAAGUUUUCUAAUUUACAAAACAAAUGUUAAUUUUUUAAAGAUUUGUGAAUGAAUUUGCAUAUUAUGAGAAACCAUCUGAAAUUAAAAGUUUCUUUGAUUUUGAGAUUCUUUUAGUGGAUACAUAAAAUUUUGCUGAUAACG